UGCAAUUGAUCCACAGGGCAUAAGGCGUACAGCCAAGUCAUCUUACGGAAAAUUGCUUGAUAUUAUUGAUGGUAUCAUUCGUCAGAGAUCGCAAGAAAGAAACACAUCCAACACUUAUCUCAGGAAAAAUGACUUCUUGGAAACCCUCCUUGAUCUUAAUCAGCAAAAUGAAUCUGUAUUGAGCUACAUGGGCAUGAAGCAUUUGAUUCUGGAUUUAUUAGUUGGAGGGACAGAAACAAGUUCAGUCACCGUGGAAUGGGCAAUGGCAGAGUUAAUACGCAACCCUGAAAAAAAAUCAAAAGCUAGGGAUGAGAUCAUGGAAAUCAUUCCACAAAACGAGAUGGUUCAAGAAUCAGAUAUCUCAAAUCUUCCUUACUUGCGAUCGGUUAUUAAAGAAACCUUUCGUCUUCACCCUCCUGCCCCAUUCCUAGUUCGCCAAGCUGAAAGUGACACAGAAAUCAAUGGAUAUAUGGUGCCAAAAAGUGCUGAUAUACUGGUUAACGUGUGGGGUAUUGGCAGGGAUCCAAGCUUGUGGUCAGAUCCUACUUCAUUCGUGCCUGAACGUUUCAUGGAUACAGAAAUUGAUGUGAAAGGCCAGCAUUUUGAGCUCCUUCCUUUUGGCUCGGGAAGAAGAAUUUGUCCAGGACUACCGCUGGCUGAUCGAAUGGUGCACCUCAUGGUGGCUGCUUUGCUUCAUAAAUUUGAAUGGAAGCUUGAAGAAGGGAUCAAACCAGAAGAACUUGACAUGACCGAAAACUUUGAAGCUACAAUAAACAAGGCAGUGCCUCUUAAGGCCAUUGCUGUUUUAAAACCAUAG